UUGUCCUUUUUUCACAGUGUAACAUCUUAUUUACACCUUAAGCAUUGUGCAUUUCUUUACCAACUGUAGUUGAGCGUCUUGUUUCAAUUAAUUUUGGUGCAACUGAAAGCUUCCAGCACAAGGCCUUUAAUGGGUUUCUAACAUCAUUUGAUCAUUUUCACUACUAUCUGUGUGACAUUCAAUUUCUGAGAGCUCUGUUUUUAAUAAAUUCCUUGGCACUUCGGACCUUACUCAAAACAAUACUACAUCCUGAAUAUUUUAUGACUGAAUAUUGCUAUCUUUACGAUAAUGCACUUUAAUCUAAAAUCCCCAUCUUCCUGUGUUAGGCUGUGUGAUCUUUAACAAUUAUUCUAAGUUUUUAGGCUGAAAACUGGAAGCUUUCAAUUUGUGCAAUUGUAGUCUGCUGCCCAUCUACAGUUAUAGUGUAAAUAAUGUAGAAGCCAUUGGAAUAAUAAUGUUUCAUGUAGAUCGUUUACUGUCACAGGACUGUCUCCAAGACUUCAGACUCCCAUCUGUAUAUAUUAAUAAUGGGCUACUUCUUUCCUUCUAUAAGUGAGCAAAUGUGAAAGAAAUUUUGUUUUGGGGUCAGAAAACUAUUACCGCCUGUUACCAUGUUGUAUAACUAAGACCUGAUCUUCUGUACUUCCCCCUUCGUGGGUGAGGACUGAUCAGUGUUACAUGGGAACAUUGCAUGUCAGAAAUGAAUCCACUGUCCCUUCCUUGAGAAAGCAGCAUUAUUAAGUAAUGACCUGAUGCUAUUAAACACUUCGUUAAAUUCUCCUUGCUGGUCAUAGGAGAUGAAUUUUCGCAGCUAGGUAUACCUUCUCUUCAUGCAACACCUGAUUCUUAACGCUGGCCCUUGUGGGUUGAUCUCACCCAACAGGGCCACUGGUGUGAGGUGGGUGGAGAGGUCUCCCACUUAACACUCUCACAAUGAAACGGCAAGUUACAGAAAAUAAAUUCAAGAUCACUUAGUAAUAAAAAGUAUAAGAAUAUUGUUUAAAACAUUCAGGAUUUCCUGGAUACAUUCCACUGAGGAGGGGUGUGUCUGAGAUGUCCACAGGGAGAAUCCAGUAGACAAAAUAGGUAAAUGGGACUGAACAUAAUCAGAAUUCAGAAAAAUAUUUUUCGUGUGGACCAAAAAACUUUCUCACCAGGAAGACAUGAAUUCCCUAUAAUAACUUGCAAAUUGAGUAGGAUUUUGAGUCAAAACACUUCAGUUCGCCCAUUUAAGAGCAGAAGUUUGGGUGAAGAAAUUAUGUUCCAAUAAGCCGAACGUCAAGAAUGUAACGCCCUUUCUCCUUGACUUCCAGCCGCGCGGCUGGAUCCCGCUGUGACCCUCACGUCUGGUUACGCGCACGCAGUUGGAUGAUGGCUUAGCUGAGAUGUUCUAGGAACACUUGAAGUUCAGAUGAGUAGGCUCUCCGUAUGAUCUAAAAGCCACCAUUCCUAUCCUGAGUUUUCAUGAUUUGUUGUUUCAACAUCUUCAUAGUUUGGUUCCCAGAAAUUCAUGCGCCAAGGAAAUAACACCCAGACAGGGGUGAGUGAGUUCAUUCUGCUGGGACUGUCCAGUGACUGGGGGACUCAGGUUUCCCUCUUUAUCCUGAUCCUUACCAUGUACUUGGUGACUGUUGUGGGAAAUUUCCUCAUUAUUCUUCUGAUCAGACUGGACAGCAGGCUUCAUACCCCCAUGUACUUCUUUCUUAGUGUUUUAUCCUUGGUGGACCUUUGUUAUGCAAACAGUAUUGCCCCACAAAUGCUGGCCCACCUGCUGUCAGCCCAGAAGUCCAUCCCAUUCCACAACUGCGUGUGCCAGCACUAUGUGUCCCUGGCAUCGGGCGGAUCUGAGUUCUUCCUGCUGGGAGCCAUGGCCUAUGACCGCUACGUGGCGGUGUGCCACCCGCUUCACUACACGGUCAUCAUGCAUGGAGGGCGCUGCCUGGGGCUGGCUGCCGGCUGCUUGGUGGCUGGUUUCACGAAUUCACUGAUGGAAACAAUCAUCACCUUCCAGCUUCCCUUGUGCCACAGUGUUAUUAAUCACUUUGCCUGUGAGACCCUAGCGGUGCUGCGGCUAGCCUGUGCGGACAUCUCCUUCAACAAGGUCAUGGUGGCCAUCUCAGGAUUCCUUUUCAUCAUGCUUCCCUGUAUCCUGGUCCUAUUCUCCUAUGGCCGCAUAGUCGCUGCCAUCCUGCACAUUCGCUCUGCGCAGGGACGCCGCAAAGCCUUUGGGACCUGUGCCUCCCACCUCGCUGUGGUGUGCAUGUGCUUUGGGGCGACCAUCUUCACCUACCUGGGGCCGCGCUCAGCCUCCUCAGUGGAGGAGGAGAAGAUGGUCGCUGUGUUCUAUGCUGUGGUGGCACCUAUGCUGAACCCCUUGAUCUACAGCUUGAGGAAUAAGGAAGUUAUGGCUGCUCUCCAGAAAGUUUUAGAGAAAUUGAGAUGAAGGGUAAAGAUGUAAGAACUUCUCGUUGUCUGUCAUCAAAACCACGAAGGAGAUCAGAUAAGUGUAGAUGGAACUCCCACACUAGACUAAGGAGGGCUGUUACGGUGAGGUCCUUGAGUUCUGAUAACGUGGUCCUCCGCCUGAUAAAUGAACUUCCUUCUAUAGGCCAGUACCAGAUAAUUCAUGGCAGUGAUCCUCAGACAGCCUCUUGUUAGAUCAUCUUCCCUCAGGUAUCCAAUGAUAUUUAGACUUCAUCUGCCCAUUUAAAAAUUGUAUUAAUGUUUCCAUAUACAAAGGAAUGAUGCCUGGCUUUGUCCAGUAGAUUCUAUUUGUGGAAUGAAUAGAUAGGUGAACUCUGCCAGUCAGGUCUGCUUUUACCUUGUGGAACAGAGUGGAGAAUGUCUGUUUUUCUUUCUACAUGAUAAUACUCCAAUUAAUCGUAGAAAACUUCAUUUCCUUCAGGAUAAUCACAAAUAGCUUCUUAAACUCUUUCUGAAAUGCUGGCAGUUUUAGAACUUACAACACUAUUUUUUACCUAAAUCUAGACGGUGAUAUGUUAUCUUGAAAUAAAUAACAUGUGAUACAAUAUUUGUUCAGACCAGAAGAUUGGAUUUCCUUUGCUUUUCAAGAAUGAAAUUUGCUUUUAAUAUACAAAA